CAGUCUUAGUUUAAAAUUUGGCAUUUGUGCAAUAUCUUAAAGAAUCUUACAUAAAAAUCCAGAAGAAGAAUUGUCCAGAUGAAUUCCUUACAUUUAGCAGACGGUUCCGAGAAACCAGUGGAAGUGAAAGGUCGGGCGCGUCUAUACAGCAUGGUGUUUUGCCCUUUUGUUAUGAGAAUACAUCAUGUGCUCAGUCUGAAGCAGAUUCCAUACGAUAUUGUCAAUAUCAAUUUACAGAAAAAGCCGCAGUGGUUUCUCCAAAUUAAUCCAGUUGGCAAGGUACCGGUUUAUGUAGAUUCAGAUGGUACAGUAGUAACGGAAUCUGUCACAGUGGCGAACUAUCUGGAUGAGAAAUAUCCUGAGCCUCCUCUGUACAAUGAAGAAACAAAAAGUCGUGAUUUGGAACUGAUAGAUGAUUUAUCUAAAAUUGUAGAUAUUAUUACGAAUAUCGUAUAUGAGAAGGAUAAGAGACAAUUCGAAGAGAUUCUCGCCGAGAUAAUGGAUAACUUACAAAAAUAUGAAGAGGAGCUUGAUGUACGCAAGACAAUUUUUUUCGGAGGAAGCAAUCCGAGUAUGUUAGACAUUCUAAUGUGGUCUUGGUUUGAUGUUGGAAAGGCUUUAACUCUACUUCACAAACAAUAUGCAAGUGUUGUUAGAUAUAAGAAGAAAUUUCCCCAUAUGGUGAAAUGGGUAGAGGGAAUGAAAAUCCAACCGUUUGUUCUAAAAUACAGGAGCUCGUAUAAAAAAUUAGCAAAAUUCUUAGAAGCUCGAAGAGCGAACAAUGUUGAUUAUGAUAAUAUUUAA